CCUCCUGAUCCACAGAGCCUCACAGGCAUCUAAAGCCUCGUUCACUGAGAGAGGAUGAGGAGGGAGAGGCGUUCCGGAUCCUUCCGGAAGGAGAGGGCGGCCCCGGUCUCCCGCGCCCUCAGCUGGCUCAGUGGGAGUUCGCUCAGCCGCAAGAGUCGGAAGCUGUUCCGUAGCCACGGCGACCUGCGAGCCCCGCCCUCGCACUCGCGACACGUGGAGGAGACCGAGGAGGAUGAUGAGAAUUGGGUGUACCAGCCGCAGCAUGACAUAGCGGUGUCUAAUCUGGACGAGGAAAGCAAGUGGACGGUGCACUAUAGCGCCCCCUGGCACCAGCAGGAGAAUGUGUUCCUGCCCGGCUCACGGCCCGAGUGUGUGGAAGACCUGCACCGCCAGGCCAAGGUCAACCUGAAGACUGCACUCAGAGAAUGUGACAAGUUGAGGAAAGAUGGCUUCCGCAGUUCCCAGUACUAUUCUCAAGGGCCCAUGUUCUCUGGCCCCGCCCCUUCACAGAGCAGCCAACCAGACGAGGAGGACGCUGAUGACAUCGACAAGAAGUCUAGCACAUCUUCCAUGGAAGACGAGAACUCUUCCCAGCCAAUGAGGGCUCAGACACCACUGCAGGGGGAGGGAGCUGACGCCGAUGACCCCGCCUCCUGUGCCAAGGCCCCGCCCCUUCCCACCCCAGAGGAGCGAAUGAGGCGACAGGCCCAAGCUGUCCUCACCGACAUCGUCCCCAUCAACGUCACAGGGGAGACGUUUGACCGCCAGGCUAGCGUGCGGCGCGCUCUGGCUAACUGUGAUACGGUGGCCCGGCGGCCCAAAAAGGUCAAGCGGAGAAAGACUAUCUCAGGGCUCCCCGACAGCAUCCAGCAGGAACUAGCAGCAGCUUCCGGGCGUGGUGGAGAGCUCCGCCCCCAGUCCAUGUUCCUGCCGGGCCAGUACUCCACUCUGGGUCGCGCCGGCAGCGUGAGCUCACCGGGUCAGUACCACACGCUGGGCCGCGCCGGGAGCGUGAGCUCGGCGCUGCGGCACUCCGACACGCGUGACUCGGGCGUGCAGACGGAGGAGGUGAAGAUCGUGCCGCCGUCGAUGCGCCGCAUCCGAGCCCAGCGGGGCCACGGCAUCAAGAUGGCCGCCGGCAUGUCCACGUCCACCGGAAACAUCUCCGCGUCCGCCGCGUCCCCCGGGCCGCCCCUGCUCAUGAUGCCCCCGCCCCCGCCGCUGCACCUCAACGGAGACGCCCAGCGCUUCCUCAGCCUGCCGCGGGGCGCCCGCGUGUCUCUCAACGUAGAGCCGCUGUACAGCAGCACCCCCUACGGGCAGGAGGACCGAAUCGCAGGCGCAGCCGCUGCCGGGCGCGGCGGCAGACAGGUGGGCAAGCUGCGGGUGGACGACACGGCCGUGCACCUGAGACGUUCCCCGAAACCCGCCGUGCCGUCGCGCCCGCGCUCCCAGGACUGGGGUGGGGGCGCGGGGGCAGGGGCGUCCGGUCCCGCCUGCGUGGUGUCGCCCCACGCCUCCUACUCCACCUCGGUGAUCCCCAACGCCACGCUGUCCUGCGCCGCGGAGGUGGUCGCCCUCCACACCAGCUCCAGCCUGGGCCACUUCCCCCCGGGACGCCCCCUCAGCACGCUGGCCUGCGCCAACGGAGACCUCCACCUGCCCGCCGCCGCCUUCGCGCACAGCUGCCGCGCCGACACGGACGCGGACGCUGGCACGCACGCGCCACCACACACGCAGGUCCCCGAGCCUGGCCAGGCCGGCCAAUCGGACGACAGCCUGCACAGCCAGAGCACCGUUGCCGCGGGCGACGACUCCGGGGACGAGCAGUGGAUCUACGACACGCCGGAGAACGUGGCGCCCCGGCGACCCUUGACCUCCAGCUGUUCCACUCCCAUCAACCACCUGUACAGCAGCCUGGAGCGAUCACCCCGCGGGACGGACUCCGGCUCGCUCUACUCCAUGGACACGGACGGGUACUACACCUCCAUGCACCUGGACUCCGGCCUGCGCCCGCGGAGCCAGGGCAGCGGGCACGGGCACGGGCACGGGCACGGCGUGGCGGGGAGGGCGGCGCGCCACAGCAUGUACGAGUGCCUGGGCCAGCCGGGCAACAACGACGAGGACCGCGCCAGCCUCUACAGCGGGCACUCGCUCUCGCGCUCCAUCUCGCUCCGCAAGACCAAGAAGCCGCCGCUGCCGCCCGCACGCACGGACUCGCUGCGCCGCAAACCCCCGAGACACGCCACCAGGGGCGAUGCCAGCCGGGCGACGACGACGAGGACGACGUCGGAGGAGGACGGGCGCCCGGUUCUGAACGAGUCGCUGAUCGCCUCUCUGCAGCAGUCGCUGCAGCUGGGCCUGAAGGGGACCAGGGCGACGGGGGGGGGGUUGCCGACGGCGACGGCAUCCUCGGCCUCCCACAGCCCCUGCAGCGACUACGACGACCCGUGGCUCUUGAGGCCCCGCAGCCACAGCAGCAUCAGCGCCGCCAGCAGCGGCCUCUCGCCACUAGGGGGCGCCAACGUCUACUCCCUCUGCCACGUCACCCCCGCCCAGAGCGACACCAGCAGCCUGCGCUCCGACUACACCGAGUCCUGGGGGUACUACAUGGACUUCCCCCAGGCCCAGCAGAACCAGAACCAGCACCAGCACCAGGCCCACGGCAGCGGGACCGGCUCUGCCCCGGGGCAGCCGGGCGGGGUAACUAACGGCGACGCCCCCCUCAGCGGCGCCCAGGCGACCCACUCUCCCGCCCAGGAGGGGGCGCUCACAUCAUCAUCGGCGAAGCCGCGGACGGGCCCGUCGUCUCCGGACAGGGUGGCGCGGCUGACGUCCCCCUCCAGCGGGUACUCCAGCCAGUCCAACACGCCCACGGCGGGCACCCCAGUGCCCUCCUUCAUGAGGUGCCCGUCGCCCGCGGGCAGCAGGUCACGGCCACGGGUCCCCGAGAGGAAGUCCUCCCUGCUCUCCUCCGUCUCCAUCUCGUCCUCCUCCACCUCCCUCUCCUCCAACACCUCCGACUCCACGAGGAACCCCCGCCCCCGCCCCCGCCCCUCCCCCCGCUCCUCGCCCGAGUUCCCCCCCCUUCCCCCCGAGCUCCUCAUGGACGCCCUGUCCCUCCACGACAGCCUGACCCCCCCUCUCCCGCCCCCCUCCGCCCCUGUGGCGUCUCCCGCGGCUCUGCUGAGCGCUAAAGGCGGUCUCAAACGCGUUGCCAGUAGCAACGGUCCCUCUGCCAGGCCUGAGAAGACGCCCGCGCCCGCGCCCCUCAUCACAGCCUCCGCCCUCCAGAGGGUCCGGCUCCGCUCCGUCCGGCGGCCCGCCACAGACGACACCGCCACGGACCGCGCCGGACCGCCGGACGCCAGGCCCGACCGGACCACCCUCAGACCACACGCGCCCGUGAAGACCGCCGCCGGAGUAGAACCCCCCUCUGAGCCGCCCCUGGUGCCCCUGGUGGCCCGCGGCGACGGGUCCGGUCCAGACGGGGCAGCAGUGGUUCUUGUCGCGGUACCAGACAGCGGCCCGCUCUGCAAUGGCUCUGAUCACGGGGAGCCAAACCCCUGUGUCCCUAACGGGUCAGCACACCCAGUGAAGGAGGAGGAGGAAGAGGAGGAAGAGGAGGAGAAGGCCUUGCCAGCUGCCCCUCUGCUUAUCAGCCCAGUGGAGACGCAGAGGCCAACUGCCCCAACUGCCCCGAAGCAGAAACCUCCUGUGGCGACUAAGAAGCCCAAACUGCCCCUCCCCGCCCCCGCCCCCGUCCCCCUCCCCGUCCCCCCAGUGUUGGCCCAGCCUGUGUGUGAGGAGGAUCUGCCCCCUCAGACCAACGGGGGGAGCAGUGAGUGUGUGCUGAGUCAGGAGAAUGGCCUGGAAGCCUGCCCCCUGGUGGAAGGCCAGGGAAGUGCAGCGUUGCCCUCCCCAGCUGAGGUGCCCGUGGAGGCUCGUCCUGCCCCCCAGACGCCCACAUCGACCCCCCCAGGGGCGAGCGUGUCCAACGGAGACGAGCCGGAGACGGAGGACGAGGACGAGGCCAGCAGCACCACGGGUUCCAUCAGCUCCAGAGAGGACGAGAACGGUGAGGUGUUUGAGCCCAACACGGCAGACCCCUCGCCGUCUCCCAGCGUCAACGGCAACGCCCCGGUUGCCAUGGUGACACCCACGCGACCCCGCACCACCGAGGACCUUUUUGCCGUCAUCCACAGGUCCAAGAGGAAGAUCCUGGGACGGCGUGAGUCAGAGGAGGAGUCACGCUCACAAGGCCACGCCCCCUCUCCGCCAGUCACGCCCACCGCAGGGGCGGUGCCAGGCCUGGGGCUGACCCCGCCCUCGGCCGGGUCGUUGUCACGGCAACAGAGCCCCAUCCAGCGCAGCCUGCGCAAGUCGGCCACGAGCAGCGACACGUUCAAGGCCCUGCUGCUCAAGAAGGGCAGUCGCCCCGAGGGCAGCGCCCGCAUGUCCGCCGCCGAGCUCCUGCGCUCCACCGACCCGCGCUGCCACAGGACCGAGAGCCCCACACACACACCCACACACACACCCACACACACACCCUACGACAGCCCGCCCGGUGGCUCGCCCGCGCACAGCAAGAUGGCCACGGAGACGUGGAUGCGGGGCGAGGGGCUGUCUCCCUCACGCUCCUCCUCCUCGCCCUCCUCCUCCUCUUCCUCGCUGGCGGGGCCCAAACACGGUCGCUCGCGCACGCCUCCCUCGGCCGCCAGCAGCAGGUACAACGCCCGCUGCCGCCUGCUGGGCAGCCCCAUGACCGUCAUCUGCGAGCGCGAGGGCGAGACCGCCGAGGAGGUCGCCGCGGGCAACGCCACCCCGCCCCCGCCUCAGGACGCCGGCGCCGCCCUACUGGAGGAGAGCAGCUAAGACCCGCCCCCCAGCUAUGACUCAGGACGCCAGCAGACCACCCUGGACAGUGGGGUGGGCGUUUCCAUGGCUACAGGGAAUGGACAGUGGGGUGGGCAUCUCCAUGGCUA